CAGUUUUUAGCUUUGUCAUCAGUGCUGACGUUAUUAGCACGAUGAAUGUCGCGCGUCGCAAUUAUUGAGCUACGCAGCUUUGACGCUUUAAAUGCUUGGUUGAACUGGGUAUUCGUGGGUGCCGGGGUGAGAAGUCAUCCGUGACGACGACGUCCAAAUUACUACGAUACUUCCCACAUCGCACGGAAAACGACGACGUCAAUAUCUUUAUCACGAAUGAGAAAAUCCCCCACUCUCUCGCCGACCAGUCCAGAUUCGUUGAUGACCGUGAUAAAGACACAAUAUUGAAUAAUAUAGUAAAAACGGAAAUAAUCGUUCCACUACCACUAUCACAUAUUCACAACAUACUGUCCAACACAAAGUUUUCACUACCAUUAUUAAUUUAACGUAACGAUUACGAUAUGAAUCGAAUGGCUUUGUGAUCAAUUAUUACUACGUAUUACGCGUUUCACACACAAUAGGUUUGUUUUACGUUAUUUACACAUAUUAGUCGAUUUACUUUAGAUUCUUUUUUUCAUUGUUAUUGUAGUUUCUCCGCUUUGACGCAGACGCCCGAUCUCCGGUAUAACAAGUGCGUUUUAUUUGCCAUUCCGUUUUAGCUUACUAGUCUUUUGCAGAGGUUCACAGUGCACAACCAUGUCAUACGCGUAUCUGUUCAAGUACAUCAUAAUCGGCGAUACAGGUCAGUAGUAGUUGUUUGGUGGGUUUCCCGUCGGACUCGUUUUUACGUUAUAAAAUAUGUUAACUGGCAUAUGUUACAGGAGUGGGCAAAUCAUGUCUCUUGUUGCAGUUCACCGACAAGCGUUUUCAGCCCGUUCAUGACCUUACCAUUGGUUUGCACAUAAUAAAAUCGUUGCCACAGCCCCUUAUUCUAAAAUGUUUACUUAUUUCAGGCGUCGAGUUCGGUGCUCGUUUGGUGGCUAUUGAGACCAAACCUAUCAAAUUGCAAAUAUGGGACACUGCUGGUCAAGAAGCUUUUCGAUCUAUUACUCGAUCAUAUUAUCGUGGAGCGGCUGGUGCUCUGUUGGUGUAUGAUAUCACUCGUCGUGAUACAUUCAAUCAUUUGACGACAUGGUUAGAAGAUGCUAGACAACAUUCCAAUUCCAACAUGGUCAUUAUGCUUAUUGGCAAUAAAAGGUACCUAGUGAUUUUAACAGUAAAAUAUUUUUAGUGGGUCACUAAAAAUGUCCCUAAUUAUUUUCUUAUAGUGAUUUGGAAGCUAAAAGAGAAGUCAAGAAAGAAGAAGGUGAAGCAUUUGCUCGUGAACAUGGAUUGGUAUUUAUGGAAACCUCUGCUAAAACGUCUGAUAACGUAGAAGAAGCAUUCAUAAACACUGCUAAAGAAAUCUAUGAAAAAAUUCAAGAAGGUGUAUUCGAUAUUAAUAAUGAGGUCAGUUGCAUUUUAAUUCAAAUUAUAAAGUGUUCUUAGAUAAUGACAAAACAUAGGUAAGACGUAGAAAUUUAGUGAAAAUAGAAGUCACAAUAGUUGUUAUGUAUACAAAUGUAAACAAACAUCCUUAACUUAUUUUAUCAUUAUAGUAAUAUUAGAAUUAUGUAUUAUCAGUUUGACCGCGGAAAUAAAGUGGCUUGAAUUGGUGAUGAUCUGUGUUUUUAUCAUCUACAAAUAUUAUAGUCUUUAUUAAAUUUUUCUUUUAGGCAAAUGGUAUUAAAAUUGGACCUCAACAUUCAACCGGUAAUAGCAGUAUACCUGGUGGCAAUAAUCGUGCUAGUGGAAAUGGUUGCUGUUAAUUAUUUAUGAAGGUCAACUUAUAAAUCUAAAAUCAUUUGAAAUUCUUAUAAUUUUGCUUUCCAUGCAGGUUAUUAUUUUUUUUUAGUGAAUUAUAUUCUCUAUUAAUAGCCCAAGCUCUAUAUUCUUACAUCAUUAAAAUUAGUAUUGUGAAUAUAUCCAUUUAUAUAAUUACGUCACUUAUUGGUACUUAUAAUAUGAUAUUGGUCUGGCUGUAAAAAUAAAAUAAGUCAUUUAUGUAUAAUUCUAUAAAAUAUAUAAAAAAAAUUUAUAUACACUUUACUUCAAUAUUCUCUUAUAUAAUUUUGUGUUUAUUCUUAGAUUUAGGAACUUAUUUAUUUAUUCCUAAACGUUUUGUUUGUUAGAAUUUAAUUGUUUUAUUAUAUUUAUAAUUUGUGUAUGCGAUCAGUAUUAAAAGUUAUUAAUUGCAGUAAAUUGAGUUAAUUUUCAACAAAUAAUAAAUUUUUUCAAACUUAAAUUGUUUGUAUGCAAAAUGAAAUUGAAUUACUGAUUUUUGUUUUUAAUUUCCAUUUUAGGUUCAACUGUGGAAACUAUAAAAUAAUAAUAAUAUCAUUCAAUUUUAAUUGUUAUAUAUUGUUUAAAGUUUGAAUUGUACCUUUUCAUACUGAACGCGUAAUUCUUAUUAUGGUUUUUAGAACCAUAAAUAUUUUAGAAACACAUAUUAUUUGUGUAUAUACUAAUUUGUUAAUUGUUUAAUUACUUUAGAUCUUAUAAUAUAAUUUACCUUAUUUUAUUUAUUUGAUUGAUGUACAUUUUGGUCACCAUACAUUUUAAUCUCCAUAUUUUGAUUAAAUUAAAACGUUUGUAAUAAAAUUAUAUAUAUGCUAAUAUAAUAUGAUAUUUUGUAAACUUAUUUCUCCUUUAUUGGAAAGUUGAACAUUUUACUUAGUUAAAAUGUGCCUUUUUAAUAUGCUAUUAUUGUAUCUAAUACAAUCUUAUUGGUAUGUAUUUAAAUGAGAUAUAAUUUGUGGAUUGAGUUAAAAAAAAAGUUUCCUAUUAUAAAUUAGAUACAUAGAAUAUUUAAAACGCUUAAAAUUGAAUGUUGCCAGAAACCUAAUUUAAGAAAGUUUUGUAAUUAUUAUUUAUAAACCCAGUAUGUUUAUAUCGGUAUUGAAUAAAUAUAAGUUCACUAAUCAUAAAACUACUUAAGUAUUAUAUAAUAUAACUUGAAAGAAUAUUUUAUGUAAAAUAUAAAUUAAUAAUGACAAAUAUUAAGCAUAAGAAA